AUGGAUGCGCUUACCCUCAACUCCAAAUCAACUAAAUCAGGCAGAGACAAACCGAAGCUUUAUAUACACGCUGAGGAGAUACGGGAUGGAAAAUCCAAAGCCAUCGAGAAGAAUGGGGCGCUACCAGAGCAAGUAACGAUACAUGGAAAUGGUAAACAAGUCCACACGUAUGCGUUUCUCGAUGACGGGUCCAACUCAACCUUACUGGAGUGUAAUAUUUCGUCGGCUUUGGGAAUCAAAGGACCUACAGACGGCUUCUGUCUAAGUUGGACUGGAAAUAUUACCAGAGAGGAAAAGGAGUCGCAGCGUAUCAGCGUAGUAAUUCACGGAAAUGGAAAGAAGUUCAAGCUUCAUAACGUGAGAACAGUACAGAAUUUGCACUUACCGGCACAAACGUUGGACUACGAAGAACUGUCUUAUACUUUUCCUCAUCUGAAAGGUCUUCCUAUCCAGAGCUAUACCAACGCAGUUCCUGGGGUAAUCAUCGGAAUCGAGCAUAUCCGGCUAUUGACAGCGCUGCGAACGAGAGAGGGUAAUAACAACGAGCCAGUGGCGACUAAAACUCGCCUGGGAUGGUGCAUCUUCGGAAAGAGCUCCCAGAACAGUAACGUUAUGGAGCAGUUGAAUGUACACAUAGACGAGUCAAGCGUGACAGUAAAGCCGGAGGCUGACGAGGACAAACGAGCACGUCAAAUCAUGGAAACCACCACUCAGCGGGUCAACGGUGCGUUCGAGACGGGAUUGUUAUGGAAAUACGAUCACAUCUGUUUUCCCGACAGCUACCCGAUGGCACUACGGCGCAUGAAAGCGUUGGAGAGGCGGUUGAGUAAAGAACCGGCUCUUGCAUCAAGAGUGAUGGAACAGAUUUCGGAGUACGAAAUGAAAGGAUACGCCCAUCGUAUCACUCCGGAAGAACUUCAAUCUACGGAAGCGAGUAGGGUCUGGUAUCUACCACUAGGCUUAGUGCAGAAUCCCAAGAAACCGGACAAACUGCGGCUGAUCUGGGGCGCCAAGGCUCGUGUUGGCGGUGUGUCGUUGAACGAUAUGCUAUUAAAAGGUCCUGAUCUCUUGGUGGAACUAAUUUCGGUACUGUUGCGUUUCCGACAGGGAGAGAUUGCAGUGGUAGGCGACAUAAAAGAAAUGUUCCAUCAGAUCAGUGUUCGGAACGAAGACAAGCAGUCACAGAGAUUCGUUUUGCGUAUGCAGCCUGAGUUAGAACCCCAAAUCUUCGUCAUGGACGUAUGCACCUUUGGAGCUACCUGUUCACCGAGUCUUGCGCAGUUCGUCAAGAACAAGAAUGCAAUGGAGUUUGCCGAAAUCUUCCCAAGGGCGGCGAGGGCCAUCAGGGAUAACCACUACGUGGACGAUUUUUUGGACAGUGUAGACACCGUAGAAGAGGCUAUUCGAUUAGUCAAAGAGGUGAAAUAUAUUCAUGGACAGGCGGGGUUCGAGAUCCGUAACUUCAGCUCAAAUUCGGACGAAGUUCUAACGGGUAUCGGUGAAACAGUUGAGCGACAGCAAGUAUCGAUGAACCUGGAUAAACUCUAUACAGAACGCGUUUUGGGCCUGAUCUGGAUACCGAAGGAAGAUGUCUUCACAUUCGAUUUGAGCAACAUGAAGGAGGAAAUCAAAGCAUUAGUUGAAAGCGAAAGUAUACCAACUAAGCGUCAAGUCUUGAGAACGGUCAUGCCUCUGUUCGACCCGAUGGGAUUGAUUGCACACUUUGUUGUGCAUGGCAAAGUUCUAAUGCAGCAAAUAUGGAGAAGUGGAACGGAUUGGGAUGACCUGAUAUCGGUCGACUUGCGAGAUGGUUGGAGGACUUGGUGCCGACAGAUGCAGAAACUGAAUGCUGUCAGCGUACCUCGUUGCUUUUUCAAAGGGGUCAACAGUUCCAUGCUCAAGAAUGUGGAAGCUCAUCUCUUCGUAGACGCAAGCGAACUAGCUUGUGCGGCUGUUCUAUACCUACGAUUCUGCAGUAGUGGCGGGCCUAGAUGCGUGUUGGUAGCGGCAAAAACCAAAGUUUCUCCGUUGAAACCGCUAUCUAUCCCACGUCUUGAGUUACAAGCGGCGAUGAUCGGAACGAGAUUGAUGGAUUCUGUGCUUAAAUCGCUAGACAUCAAAAUUACUAACCGCUUCAUUUGGACGGACUCUACUACCGCGCUUUGUUGGUUGCGAUCCGACAGUCGACGAUACCACCAGUUCGUAGCCUUCCGUGUAGGAGAAAUUCUCACUACAACCAGCGUAGAUGAGUGGCACUACGUACCUUCGAGAAUGAACAUCGCCGAUGCUGCCACCAAGUGGAAGGACGGGCCGAACUUUGACCCAAACAGCCCGUGGUUUAAAGGACCAGAAUUCUUGUAUCAAACACCAGAUCACUGGCCCUCAGAACCGUCAUUGAACCGAGCAGAGGCCGAAACCGAAUUACGUUCAGUGUUUCUAUACCACGGAACGAUUCCUUAUUCGUUGAUAGAUGCUUCUAGAUUCUCAAACUGGAAUCGUUUACUGAGGACUACAGCAUACGUACUACGAGCUGGGUGCCGAUUCAAAGGUGAAAAAGUUAUCAAACCGUGUAUCAUGUCUAAGGAGGAAUUGUUUCUAGCAGAGAACCUUUUAUGGCAGCAGAUACAAGCGGAAUCGUAUCCAGGUGAGUAUGCCAUUCUACGUCGUAGUCGAGAAAACUGUACAAGUCCAGUUUCAAUACCGAAGUCUAGUGCACUAUACCGACUGUCGGUUUUUAUUGAUGAGUACGGUGUUAUCCGGAUGAACAGCAGAAUAUCCGAGGCACCAACUGUGCCGUACGAUACCAAGUUUCCGAUUCUACUACCCAGAAAGCACGUUGCGGUACAUCUUCUGGCCGAAAGCUAUCACCGAAAGUUUCGCCAUGGGAACAACGAGCUCGCGUUACUGGAUUGA